AUGAAGCGAAGUCGUCUUAUCUUCCCUGCCUGCGGUUUGCGACCGUCAAGGCUCGUUGCUUCCUCUGCCGGCACCCUACCCCUACGCACGAAACGCGUUGAGGCCACGGUGCAUCUUGCGCUCUGGCGCCAACCCGCCUCGCUCCCGCGAAGCCAUCGCUGCUACUCGACCACAUCUUCAUCCGAAUCUUCAUCAACUGCAUGGAUUCUGGAGAACUACAAGGGAGACAGGAAGGACGGCAAGCCACACGGCCAGGGCUAUGUGCGCCUGCCCGAUGGCACGACCAUCACCGGCGACUGGGUCGAGGGCGAGCUGGUCCGCGGCCGGCAGGUCAACAUGCACGAGGGUGGCGGGAUGCUCUACGAGGGCGAGUACAGAGACGGCCUCUUCCACGGCCAUGGCCGAGGGUGCAACGCCGACCACAUGUACGUGGGAGAGUGGGUCGACGGCGUGCCGCACGGGCGCGGCCGCUUCGUGUCCACCACAGAGCGACGCACCUACGAGGGCGACGUGUCCCAGGGCAAGCCGCACGGCCAAGGCCGCGAGACGGAUGAGAUUGCCAAUACGGUCUAUGAAGGGCAAUUCAAGCAUGGGAUGAAGCACGGAGUGGGUGUGAUGCAGGGACCGCACCAUCGAUACGAAGGCGGGUGGGUGCACGAUCGAGUCGAGGGCAAGGGCACGAAGCGAUGGAAGACCUCGCACAAGCCCGACAGCAACGAGGAGCAGUACGAGGGCGAGUGGCGCGCCGGCCUCCAGCACGGCACCGGCACCUUGACCGUCUUCCACCGCGGCGGGCGUCGCAAGACCAUCUUCGAGGGCGACUGGCGCGAUGGUCUGAUGCACGGACAAGGGCGCGAGCUCACGCCCAGGGGCGUCGUGCUGCGCUCGGGGACCUGGACGCGCGGCGUCUUCGUCGAAGGGCAACAGAACGAGCAGGCACCACCACCACCUGCAGCGACCAUCGCGCCGUCUCUGUCAACAGAGACGCCCAAGAAGAAGGCGCCACAGCGGCGAGGCAGAAAGCCUGCAGCCCAAAAGUUGAGCCAAUCGCCAACCAGCUUGUGA